UUGCUGCUCCAUGAGGUUAGAGGACCGACAUCUUUUGAAGACUUAAAGACUGUGAAUGGUAUCCUCCAUCCAACAUUUCAAUCUACUUGUGAGACUCUACGAUUGCUCGAAGAUGACAACUAUUGGGACACUACUUUAGAGGUAGCUGCAUUGUGUGAUUCUCCUUUGAAUAUGCGAGAGCUAUUUACAAUAAUGUUAACUAUCCUUUGCAAUAUUGAGAAAGAAAUUAGAAAAAUAUUUUUUCUGGAUUCUCCUAGUGGCACUGGAAAAACCUUCCUUAUCAAUUUGCUAUUGGCAAAAGUAAGAAGUAAUCGUGGCAUCACCUUAGCUGUCGCAUCAUCAGGAAUUGCAGCAACACUGUUGGAGGAAGGCAAGACAGUUCACGCUGCCUUCAAGCUCCCGUUAAAUCUCAUCCAUGUCGAAACUCCACUCUGCAACAUUUCAAAACAGAGUAGUGCGGCCCAAGUGCUACGUGAUUGUAAACUUAUAGUUUUGGACGAAAGCACGAUGGCGCAUAAAGGGGGUUUCGAAGCACUAAACAGUACUCUAAAAGAUAUCAGAGGAAACGAUGACAUGAUGGUUGGAGUCACCAUGUUGUUAGCUGGAGACUUCCGUCAGACUCUGCCGAUAGUGCCGAAGGGAACUCGAGCUGACGAAGUUAAGGCUUGCAUUAAGGCCUCAAAUCUUUUGCUUUAG